CACAAGGCAGUGGAACAACUCGCCGAUCGGUUUAACGUGGAUUCCGCAAGGCAACGUUUGCAGACGAUGGGAAGUUGGCCGUGUCCGUGACUACGGUUUGUCUGUGGUUUGUGUUGCAAGCGACGAUGAUAACUCCUAUUUAUCCGUGAAACUUGUCUUGACCAAACUCGUGAAGUCAUUGGGCAAGUCGGCGCCGCGGCCCGAGUCCCGAGCUCCCUGAGUUCAAUCCCAAUCCGUAGACCUGGUGCUAUAAUAAUCCUGAAAGUUGUGCUAAAUAUUCACCAUGGCGCAAAACGCUGCCAAUGGAGAUGUCGUGCAGGAUGAGGCCGCAGCUCCUGCACAAGCAGAUCAAGGGGAAGUACAGGGCCAACAGGACCAGCAACAAGCCAGGCAGCCCACUGGGAUGGAAUCAUUCUUUGCAGUGACUAAGUCUUUAAUCAUUCGUGCCCUUGUCAUUUACUUCAUUACAUCAUUCUUCCGGAAGCCACAAGCACCAGUUGCACCCACUGACUCUGCUGGUGGUGUGCAGUUUAAAGGAAACCUUCCUGCCUUCAAUUUAUUUGAAAAUGGCACUGCCAUGGAUUUGUAUGUCUUCAUCUCAGAAUCAAAGAAAUUUUCUGACUUUGACAAUCAUGAAGCUUUAAUUUGGAGGAAAAACAAUUUGGUUUAUGGAGACUGGUACAGUGGUCCAAAUGGAGAUGGCAAUUAUGUUCUGAAAUCCCAGAUUAGAACAUCUGAGGCAGUGCAAAACAAUGGAUCAAUAUAUCUUCAUGUGUAUGUGAUGAAGCAUGGCAAGUCACCAAGACAGUUAGAAUUUGGAUCUUACAGUUUCAGACAGUUAAAUAAAUUUAAGCGCAGGCGCUAUACCAAAACUAAAAACCUUCUAACUGGAGAGACUUCAGCUACCCCGGAAGAAGUUAUGAAAGCUGAAACUAUGAAAGAAGAGGUUGUAUCUCACUGGCAUUCAAAUCUAACCAUUAAUUUAGUGACAGAUCAGACAAAUUGGGCCCAAGGAGCAGUUCCCCCUCCUCUGAACGAAUUUAUUGAAUUUGUGAAUGGCACACACUAUAAACCUGUAGUAUACUUCAAUGAUUUUUGGAACAUGCUUCGAGACUAUCAGCCAAUCAACUCAAGUAUCAAAACUCUAGAUUUAGAGUUAACAUUCCAGCCACUAUCUCUCUUCAAGUGGCAAAUGUAUACAGCCCAGUCUAUGAGAAAUAAAUGGACUUCAAGUGUGUUUGGUGAUAACUUUGCUGAAGAAGAAGAUGAGGAUCAAGAUUCUCUGAAAGAGGCUCUUCUUGAAACACCUGCAUAUCUCCUUAUUUUAACUGCAGUUGUAUCCAUCUUACAUAGUGUUUUUGAGCUUCUUGCUUUUAAAAAUGAUAUUCAGUUUUGGAACAAUCGCAAGUCUCUAGAGGGAUUAUCAGUCAGAUCAGUAUUUUUCAAUGUCUUCCAAUCCUUGGUGGUGCUUCUUUAUGUUUUGGAUAAUGAUACUAAUACUGUUGUAAGGAUAAGCGUUGGCAUCGGCUUGCUUAUUGAGAUUUGGAAAAUUCACAAAGUUGUUGACAUUAAAAUCAACCGAGAACAGAAGAUUCUGGGCAUCAUACCUCGUAUUUCGUUUGCCGAUAAGGGUUCCUACACAGAGUCAAGCACUAAGCAAUAUGAUAUGCUAGCUUUCCGAUAUUUGUCUUGGGCUCUUUACCCUCUUUUAGGUGCCUAUGCUGUUUAUGCUCUUUUGUACAUGGAACAUCGGGGCUGGUAUUCCUUUGUUCUUAACAUGCUGUAUGGUUUCCUACUGACAUUUGGAUUUAUCAUGAUGACGCCGCAACUCUUCAUUAAUUAUAAAAUGAAGUCUGUUGCACACUUGCCAUGGAGAAUGUUGUCAUACAAGUUUCUCAACACAUUCAUUGAUGACAUCUUUGCAUUUGUUAUCAAGAUGCCCAUGAUGUAUCGUAUUGGCUGCUUCAGAGAUGAUAUUGUCUUCCUUAUCUUCUUGUACCAGAGGUACAUUUACAAGAUUGAUCCCACUCGUGUUAAUGAGUUUGGGUUUUCGGCUGAGAUGGAAGAGGAGGCAACUAGAGGUGCAAGUGGACAAAAACCUGCCAUUGAAGGAACCCCUAAUGAAAACACUCAGCCUAAAGGCAAAGGUGCCAAGAAAGAUGACUAAAUGUUCUUUAAAUCUGAUUUUUUUUUACUGUACAAUAAUUAUUUUAAAAUAAUAUAUCUGUUGCUAGUUAUUAUUUGUUUAGCAUGUUAAAGGCCUUGUAUGACUUUGCUAAAAUGUUGGGACUUGUUUAUGUAAAUCCAAAGUCUCAACAAAAUUUCUUUUUUCCCCAUUGUAUCACUAUUUUGGGGAAGCAAACGUGCUCACUCCUUAGAACAAAUUAAAAUUUUCACCAAAAAUUACUCCCAUGAAAUGGGUUACCUGAGAUUGAACUGAAAUUCACUAUUUUUCUCCUCUUUUAUUUGUUUACUGAAGUAAAGAUGUAUAUUUUUCAAAUGUGCAUUUAAGGAAUGGUGCAGAUGUAGUUUGAAACUCAACUGUGACUUACAGUAUUACUUUUUCAGAAGUUUUUGAAGCAAGCUACUACUUGCUUUGUUUUUCUUAACUUAAAGAAAAUGAAUAAUUUUAUGGAGAAUGUGUUAAAGCUGUCAUUCUCACACUUAGUCAUGUAGGUUUGAGUUGCCAAAGCUCUGAGAAAAUGACAUUCUACUGUUCUUUAGAUAACGUGUAAUAAUUUGACGACCAUACACAUUGCACAACUGAUGCAUUUCCUUAUAGUCAUUGAGUUAAUACUGAAAUAACCUAACCAUAGGUUAAUAGUGACGGAAAUUUAUUGGAUCUGAUAUCGGUUAUUAAUCAAAAUUUGGUCAUCUCUAAAUUUAAUGAUUAUCUUUACUGAAAAUUUGUGUGAUUUGUACAGGGAUAUGAUAUUCCUACCCUUCCAUCACAUAUUGUGAUAGGUUUUAAGACAUAACUGUGUGUGAUGUUCUAUUCAUACAUGUGAUCAUUUAGGCAACUGUAGAAAGAAUUUUGCUGAUCAUAAAUUUAAAUGAUUUUGUGUUUUGUGACCAUGCUUCUGGCUUUGAUAAUUGUCUAUGAACUGCUUUGUUGUCAUAGUUUGUGGCUCCUAUGUCACUUUUAUAUCAGUGUACCGCAUAUCAGGAUUGUUAAUUUGUUUGGAAAAGGUCAUCCUAUUAUAAAGUAGAAAUAAAUUAAAUUUUUGUUUGUAUGUUUGAGAAUUUGGAUGGAGUUUGAAAGUUUCAGUGCAGAUGUUGUUUGGUGGUUUGCUUUAUUGACUUUGUGUCUUGUCAGGAUGCAAUUUAUGGGUCAAAACUCUAUGUACAACCUCUGCAUAUUGUGAUUGGAUGUGUUAUAGUGAAAUUUGUUCAUUUUUUAUACACUGCAAGUAAGGCGAGCUAAUCCACAAUAUUAUGUGAUUUUUGUUUUACUCCCAUUGACCUUCUAUACUCACCUCAAAGAAGGUGAGGCUACAAAUAGCUGUAAAUAUUUAACUUUAGCUCAACCAAAAUACCAACUACAAAAGAACAAAUAAAAUUACUGUAUCCUAGGA